ACGCCCACGGAUGUUCCCUUGGUGACCGUGUCAGUGACGUCAAAUCGGGUGCGUCUGCCCAGAGAAAAGCUCAGUUUCCUAGGUCGGGCAGACCUUCUGAUUGGGCGUAACCCUUCUGCAGCAGCUAGGACAAGUGGGUCGUGUCCUAUAAUAAUGCCGCCUUCUGUGAACCGUUUUGUGAGGGAGGUGGCGAAGGAAGUUGGGACGAUGGCACCCGUUCCUGAAGCAUCCGCGCAACCGGCACCGCUCGAAAUGGCAGCCAAGACAAAAGAGGUGGUGACAACCUUCCUGCCAGAAGCAAGUUCGACAUCGGAUGAGGGCCUUUCGACCGAAUUGCCAACAACUAAAGGUCCUAACGAACUGCAAAUUGUCGUCGAGGAAUUGAAGAAAGAGACAGGGCUGGAAGGAUGGGUCAUCAUCUCUAUUUUAGUCGGCAUUGGGGUGUUGAUAUUGCUGAUAUGCUUCUGCUGUAUCAGGCGAUGUUUCAGAAAGAGGAGAUCAAAAGAUGGGAAGAAGGGCAAAGGGAUAGUGGACCUGAAGUCGGUCCAACUCCUCGGCUCCGCCUACAAAGAAAAGGUUCAGCCGGAUAUGGAAGAGCUAACGGAGAACGCGGAGGAAAUUGCGGAAGAAGGAGAGAGCAAGCAAAGUGAACAGAAACUCGGAAAACUGCAGUACAAGCUGGAAUACGAUUUCAACAACAACAGCCUCUCAGUGACGGUCAUUCAAGCUGAAGAUUUACCCGCUUUGGACAUGGGCGGCACUUCCGAUCCUUACGUAAAAGUUUAUCUGCUGCCUGACAAAAAGAAGAAAUUCGAGACCAAAGUCCAUCGAAAAACGCUCAGCCCAGUUUUUAACGAAACGUUCACGUUCAAGAGUGUACCAUAUGCCGAUGCUAUGAACAAGACUCUCGUAUUUGCCAUUUUCGAUUUCGACAGAUUCAGCAAGCACGAUCAGAUCGGGGAAGUCAAAGUCCCGCUUUGCCAGGUCGAUUUGGCCCAGACGAUCGAAGAAUGGAAGGAACUGCAGAGCGUCGAGGGAGAAGGUGGACAGGACAACAAGCUGGGAGACAUAUGCUUCUCGUUGCGAUACGUUCCUACAGCUGGAAAACUAACUGUUGUCAUCCUCGAGGCUAAGAACUUGAAGAAAAUGGACGUCGGCGGUCUUUCUGAUCCAUAUGUGAAGAUUGCUAUAAUGCAGAACGGAAAGCGAUUGAAGAAGAAAAAAACCAGCAUUAAAAAAUGCACUCUGAACCCGUAUUACAACGAGUCCUUCUCGUUCGAGGUUCCGUUUGAACAGAUCCAGAAAGUGCAGCUGGUGGUAACCGUCGUUGACUACGAUCGCAUCGGCACAUCCGAACCCAUCGGAAAGGUGGUCCUCGGCUACAACGCGAGCGGUACUGAAUUGCGCCACUGGUCUGACAUGUUGGCAUCACCCAGGAGGCCCAUCGCCCAAUGGCAUACUCUGAAAGAUCCAGAAGACGAGAAGAAAGAUUAAAAGUAAUUAACCAUUUAAUUUCUUGGUUUCCUGGAAGCAGUAUGGAUAAAACUAUCUUUUGAGCUAACAACUGUAAACAUAAGAUACUAGAUGUUGUUUUGUCAUGUAAUUUACUAUGAAUGAUUACAAAAAAAAAUCAUAUAAAGAAUAUUGUUAUUGUUUUAGAGAAAAAUUUAUAAAUAUCGAAGGAGUAAAGAAUUUGUAAAUAAAUAGACCAAUGCAUGAGAUUAGUUUUAAAAGAAGAAAACACUUCAAACACAUUUUUCGUCUCUUCUUUAUCCGUACUAUCUUUGUUGUGAAAUGCUACAUCUCAGGUUCGUUUUGAAAUAUUAGUAGUUUUGUUUUUAAAUCGAAAAAUGUUAAUUCUACUCAUUGCGUGAUUUCAAAAUAUCGUGACCCGAGUUGCUUGAAAGCUGUACGUUUUUUGCCGCACGGUUAUUCCUAGUUGAACUGUAGGGGAAAAACUUGGAAUAGUUGUCGAUAAGAAAUAUAGAAACGUUUAAACCACAAAUUGAAUGUUUAGUACAAAUGAAAUAAUUCUUAGUAUGUCGUCCAGAACCAAAGAUUUUCAAACUACAUUCAUUUGCAUUCCCUUAGCGAUUACUCUAAUUAACGACAAGAGCUUCCAUGGGUUUGAGCAAAUAUUUAGUAAGCGUUAAAUUUGGGGAAAAAAGAUGUAAAAUAAAAUCCUCAAAGUUAGGCGAGACAAUAAACUAAUGUAUUUAAAAUUAUUUUAUUUUCUCUUUCACGUUUUGAUCUUGUAGCGUUUAUAAAAAUGAGAAACAAGAGAACAGAACAUUACUAAAGAAUUAUAAAGAAUUAGUUAAUAAGGAAUGAGCACAAGUCUGCUAAAUAAUGCUUGUGUGUAAUCAAUGUGUUAAGUUUAUACAAAAUAUAUGUGCAAUGUAAUCAGUUAAAUGAAAAACUUUUAUUUCACUCCCUCCCCCUCAAAAUAUAUAAAAUCUAAUACACACAUCAAAACCUCAAUUGCCGAUGCUAAUAAGCAAAGAACAUUUCAUGUCAUUCGAGCAAAGAACGUUUACUCUGAAACGAUCUCUUGUAUUUUGAACCAAAACUUUGUCAUUGCACAUUUAUCUGAUCAUUCUUGUCAACCCCAAUCGAUGUAGGUUUUUUAUAUGUCCCGCUCUUAAGAGUAUACAUAUACAUAUAAAUAUAUAUAUACAUUUUGUAAAUAUAGUAUGAAUUAUUGCUGAGAAAUUUGAAUCGUAGUACAUACUUACUUUUUCCAAUAAAUCUGUAAUAUUAUUAAUGCAUAUAUAUUUAUUUCCUUUUUUUAAAAUGAAAUAUUAUUUGUUUAUACUUUGAAAAAUACUCUUUUAAAUUGGGUGUAUUAUUGUAGUACUAAUUAUAUGUAUUAUUGUUAUGCUGAAUCGAAAUUCACGCUGAAUGUAAACCAUAUAUAAAUAUGGUAAAUAUGAUGUGAUGCACACUCUAUGUAAAAUGUAUCUGCAUAUCUUAUUUUUAAAAAAAUAUAUAACAAAUAAAAGUAUAUAAAUAUUGAGUAUAAAUAUGUAUAAUACAUAAUUACAUGUGAAAUGUCUUCAUUGAAAAGUUAGAGGAUGUUGAAAAUGUUGAUAGGACUUUGGCCAAGACUAAUUGUUUUUACAUUGGCGAAAGGCAUUGUUGAAAUUUCAAUAUGUUUAAAGGGAAUUUAGUGAAAUAAAGAAUUCCAUGAAUAUUUUAUCAUGUGUUAAAAUAUGUAAUGCAUGUUUGGAAAAGAAGAACAAAAUCAACACAUUAUUCAAAAAUAAAAUAUUACCAACUAAA